AUGACAGUGUACUUUCAAAAGAGGCGUAUGCGGCAGCAAGUGGCCGCCCACACCUACGAGACGGGUCACGAGUUCAACUUCGCAGCUGCGAGGAUAAUUGCCCAUGCAAGCAGCAAGAUGGCGCGAGGACUGAUUGAAGCGUGGGCCACGGAUUACAACUCAGUUAACCAAUGCAUCAAGCUGGCGCCCUUCUAUGUUGCUCUGCGUAGGUAUCUUCAGACUCACGGCACUGGAGGUCCUGUGCCUCCCUCCCUACCUCCCUCCCGCCUUCCUCCCGCCCCUAUGACGGAUAAUUGA